AUGUAUAAUGCAAUAUAAGGUGGUGGAGCCUUUUCCCAUUUCAUUUGAGGACCCAAAAGGGCUUGGCUUUUUAAAAUAUUACACGUUCUUCUCAUCUUUUGGCUUUUACAUUUUUGAGGUCAUCUUUCCUAUUGAAAAGUGAAAAUGUGAACUUGACUCCAACAGUCAUGAUCUCCAAGCAAAAACAUGGCUUCCAUAUUUUUGGCAUGAUUGGUAUGUUUGAGGGAUGCAUUUCCCAUGGAACUGGCUUUCAGCAAAUGGGCAUUCACAUUUCUGCUGCUCUUUGGCCUCUUCUUCUAUGGAGGACACUCAGUGGAGGGAUUACAUGGGGAUUCUAAAGUUAGAGCAGUAAACUUGGGAGGGUGGCUUGUAAUUGAAGGUUGGAUAAAGCCUUCAUUGUUUGAUGGAAUUUCUAAUGGAGACAUGCUUGACGGAACAGAGGUCCAAAUCAAGUCACUAACACGACAGAAGUACUUGUCUGCUGAGAAUGGUGGAGGCAUGAAUGUAACCGUGGAUAGAGAUUCACCUUCUUCCUGGGAAACCUUUAAGCUAUGGAGAGUUUCCUCAUCACAAUUUCAGUUCAGAACAUCUCAAGGCCAAUUUUUGACGUGUACUGGUCUAGGAUGCUCUGUUUCUGCAACUGCUGGAUCUCCUUCAACUACAGAAACAUUUGAUGUUGAAAGGAACAAUGAUAGGGUUCACAUAAAAACGACUACUGGAGCCUAUUUGCAGGCUACAUUAGGAGGUCAGCUUACAGCAGACUUUCCAGGGAAGCCGGGAUGGGACAGUAAUGCAGCCACAUUUCAAAUGGUAAUCGUUUCAAAUAACUUGCACGGAGACUAUCAACUGGCUAAUGGCUAUGGACACAAUGAGGCUAAACGGGUUCUUAAGAAACAUAGAAACAGUUUUAUCACUAUAGAAGACUUCAAUUUUUUAAAUAGACAUGGAAUUAAUACUGUGAGAAUACCAGUCGGAUGGUGGAUUGCUUAUGAUCCUGAUCCUCCUGCUCCGUACAUUGGUGGAACUUUGGAAGCUCUUGAUAAUGCAUUUUCAUGGGCACAAUCAUACGAUAUAAGAUGCAUUAUUGAUCUUCAUGCUGCGCCUGGUUCCCAAAAUGGCAUGGAGCAUAGUUCAAGUAGAGAUGGUUCAACAAACUGGCCGACUCCAGAUUACAUCUCACAAACAAUGCAUGUUAUAGAUUUUCUAGCCUCCAGGUAUGCAAAGCACCCAGUGCUGUUGGGAAUUGAGUUAUUAAACGAACCAUCUGCAGCCACAGUUCCAUUGGAUACCUUAGUUUCAUAUUACAGACAAGGCUAUCAAAUUGUACGGAAAUACUCUGCAUCAUCGUAUGUAAUAGUUUGCCAAAGAAUCGGAAAUGCAGAUCCCUUGGAACUUUAUCAGGCAAACAUUGGAUCGCAUAAUUUAGUAGUUGAUUUGCACUAUUACAAUCUAUUUGACACUUUCUUUGUGAAUAUGAGUUCUUGGGAUAAUAUACAAUUCAUAUACAAGAGCAGGGAAGCUCAACUGCAAGCCUUGAACAAUGCCAAUGGCCCACUUAUUUUUAUUGGAGAGUGGGUGAAUGAGUGGAAUGUUACAAGUGGUUCUCAAACAGAUUAUCAAGACUUUGGUAGGGCUCAGCUGGAGGUUUAUAAUGCAGCUUCAUUUGGAUGGGCUUACUGGACAUUAAAAAAUGACAGAAAACAUUGGGAUUUUGAAUGGAACAUCAGGAACAAUUAUCUCCAAUUGGGGAAGUCAGCCAACACACAAAACUUUAUGAUACUAAUAUGGUUAGGACUAGCAUAUACACUGUCCUACCUUAAUCAAGUCUUGUGACAAAAUCCCUUCUGAGAUGUUAUAAGUCACACCAUUGAUGAUAAUUAUUCUCUGAAGACGCGAUAUUUUGUUGCUGUUUAACCAUCACAUUCUUUAUUGCCUUUCAAAUUUGCAAAAAAGUUGUUGUCAAAACGGAGAGCUGUAAUUGUUUACUCAAUAAUGUUAAUAUAUAUAAAAAAAUUUAAAAAUUCUUUUCAAGUUCUUUUUUGCUUAACAUAUACUGGGAAUAAGAAUUUGUUUGUUUUUUUUUUUAA